AUGUUAAAUAAAUUGAACUCCGUCCUAAGAUUGAUUGAUAAUUUGUUUUUACUUAAAAUUAACAAUACUGUUAAUUAUUUAUUUGAGAAGAAUCUCUUAAAUAGCCAGAAGCAAAAUAAGAAUAGUUCUGAUUACAAAUGUAAUUUGACCACUCUUAAAUCUAAAAGUAUCCCGUUUGACUACAACGUUUCUAAAAUUAAGGAUGACACAAUUAUUCUGGAAAAUGUGAUUAAUGAAAAGGAAAAACAGCUUGGAAACAAUAAUUGGUCAGGAUUAGAUAUAUAUUUGAGUAUAUUAAAAGCAUUUAGAAAGGAUUAUUCGAGAUAUGUAUUUCUGACGUUUUUGUUAAUCAUUUUGGAUUCUUUCGUUAAAUACAGAGGAAUUAUUUAUAUAGGAGCCUUAAUAGGUACGAGACAAAACGGAGAUAAGGAAAUUGGGUUCAUUUCAGGUGUUAUCAUUUUUAUUUUAAAGGCUACAUUUCUUUUAUCUGAGACUCAUCUUAAGUAUUAUAUUUUGCUAGUUAGAGCAAGGGUUAUUGGGUCUAUUAAUGGAGUUUCGCUUUUAAGACUUUCAAAGUGUGAUUCUAACUCUUGUUUAAACCAAAACCAAGACUCAGAACUACUACCAAAGUCAAAAAUUUCAAGAUAUCAAAAUGUCAUUACAGUAGAUUCAGACUUUUCUGAAAAUGCAAUUUCAUAUUCCAUUAGAAUAUUCAUCUUUCCUAUAAAGUUGGCCUCAACUUUUGCUAUUGCUGUUAAAACUUUUGAUGACCAUUCCAUGAAUUUACUCAUUUUUUCUUUAUCAUCUUUGUUUGCAGGUGCAGUUUUGUCUUUAUUCAUCAGUACUCUUUUCAAAAAGCCUUUUAUUGCCCAUAGAGAAAAGAGAAUUGCUGAAACUACUAAUAUUAUAGAAAACUCAAGAUCUUUAAAUCUUACUCAAGACCACAUUAUUUUUACUUAUCAUAACCUUUUAUCCGGGUCCAGAAGAGACGAAAUGUAUUUUGGAUCCUUUAGAAAGUAUUUUUUUACUCUUGAAGAAAUUAUCUCCAGGUCUAUGGGUUAUUUCUGUUAUGGUAUUAUUUCUUUAUAUGUAUGGUAUAACCACUUUGACACUUACAAAAGUAUUGAAAUGAUUAUUGACUCUGCAAUACUUGUCCCCUCUUUUUACACUCCACUCCAAGAACUUUGUUAUCUUAUAUACUAUAUUUCGGAAGGAAAUAAUGCACUUAAUAGACUUGCCAAACUUAUGCAAAUUACAAGAAACAAAACUCCCGCCAAAAAUACUUUGGAAGUUCCAAAUCAUUUAAAGAUUAUUAGUAGAAAUGAAAAUAUUAUUUUGCAUGCAGACCCUGCACAAUUUGGCGCCUUUUCUCCACAAAAAAUAAAAAUUAAAUAUGGAGUACCAGUCAUAUUUUCAUCAAAUGAUAUAUCUUAUAACUAUUUAUUGACAGAUUUAUUUAGGAGAGUGAUUUUUGGAGUUAAUGGAAGAGAUGGGGUUAAAAUAGAAUUAGAAAGAAGAGAUAUUCUUGAAAUUAAUGGUCAAGUAAGCGAAUGUAGUAAUAGUGGAAACAAUUUAAUUGGUGACAAAAAAAUAGUGGAGGUAUUAGCGGAUAUUUCUAACCCAGUAUGUUAUGUCCCCUUGGAUUCCUGGAUUACAGAAGGCAUGAGUCUGGCUGAUAUUAUUUUGAAUGGAAGAGAUUAUGACUAUGAUUCAUGGGAGAGGGUUGUAGAUAUUUGUGAACUGAAGAAUGAUUUUGUAUCUUGGGGGAUUUCAAGUUAUGAUUUAGCUAAGAGCACCAUUUUUUCACAGAUUCAGUUCAGUAGAGGUCAAAAGGUUCGUCUUUCUCUUUCCAGAGCAUUAUAUGGGAUUGGUUGUAAGAGUGAAGAGUCUCAAGAUCAUAAAGAAGUUAUUCCAAUUUUGAUUUUAGACUCAAUAUUUAAUAGUUUGGACCCUCCAGUGUGUUGCUCAAUACUAUCAAAACUGUUUAAUAAAGAAGAUGGAUUACUGAAAAAUGUAUUUUCUAUGAUGAUUUUGGAUACUCAAAUGCUUACUUUUCUUCCAGAUAAUAUUCUGGAAUCUAUAAUACAUAUAACGCCAAUGAAGGAACAUGAAACUAGAAGUUUUGGUGUCAAUAAUGAGACUCCAAAGUCGAAUACCAGUAUAAAUACAUCUAUGAGUAUUAACUCUAUAAUUAAUGACUAUUGCUUUGAGACUGAUUUCUCUAAAGAUUUAUGGGAGCUUUCCACUGAAGAGGAUGAAAUCAUUAAUUUAAGUAGUAAUUCCAAUAGUAAUGAGAGUGAAAUCACUGAAACCCCAAUUCAAUCAAAGUAUUAUGAGGGGCAGGAGGAAGUUGUAUUCAAUAGUAUUAAAGAAGAAAAUCAGACUGAAAAAAUUACAGAACUUCUUCCAAAGAAGGAAGGAGUAGUAGGGUAUUCAGAGAAAUCGUACCCAACUCUUUUUUUUUAUAUAUUGAAAGCUGCAAAUAGAUUCAAAUAUCCAAAAAAUUGGUCAAUUACUAAGAAGGUUAAAGAAUCAUCGUUGGAAAUGAUUUUGUAUCUAGUUUUUCUAUUACUUCCUCAAUUAAUUUUGAUAUUUGGGGAAAAAGUAUUGUUGGGUAAUUUAUCACAAGUAAACGAGACAAAAAAUGUAGUUGGAGGAAUUUCAGGUAUUGAUUUUCUGUAUUUUACAUAUCUUCUUUGUAUUGUUUUGGCAAUACUAUCUGUAAUAGCAAGUGGGAUUUUAGAGGUUUAUGUCGGAUUAAGAGCUGCAAAUAAUAUACAUAAUUCAUUUUUAUUGGGAUAUAUUGGCUCAAAAUUAUCUUCUUGUAUCAGGUAUCUACCAGUAUCAUUUGUUUUAAAUAGAAUAAGUUUAGAUCAACUUACUAUUGAUUAUUGUACAACAAAGAGAAUUGGACAAUUUGUUACAGCAAUUAAUAGAGUAAUGGCAGCUAUAUACUUAUCUAUAAUAGCUUCGGAAUAUCCAAUAGUACAGUUAUUACUGUUUUCAAUAUUUUGCUAUAUGUUAUAUAAAUAUGUGUUUAGGUAUUUUAUACACUCAUGUCGAUUAUUACAUAAUACUUAUAUUUCAGAAAUCUCUUUAUUAGUGGACACUGUUAGAAAUAUAUGUGAUGGAAAAGAAUGUAUUAAGCCUCAGAAAUUAGAUCAAUUUUAUUUGGAAAACGGAUAUGAUCAGCUUCAAGAGAUUAUAAGGCCAAUAUAUAUUCAGUCUUCAUUGGAAGCUUGGCUUAAGAUCAGACUUCAAGUUGGAAUUGUUAUUCCAGUUACAUUUUUGAACGUAUUUUCUUCAUAUUUUUCAGAUGGAAGCUCAAAAAUAUUGAUAGUUUUGGUGUUUGCUACUGCUUUCAGUUCUUUAAGUAGAAUUGACGAGGUUGUAAGGUAUUUAAUGCGAUUAGAAAGGGAAUUAGUUUCCGUAGAGAGAAUGAGAAAAUACUUAGAACUAAUAAAGGAUGAACAUAUAAUGAAGAAAAGUGGCUUAUUAUGUAACAAAGAUGAGGGAUGUAAUAAUCAAAAAGUGGGCAAUAAUUUAAGACCCCAUAAUUUUAAUAACAAUAAUAACAUAAUAUUGGAGUCUGCAUAUGGGUAUCAUUCAAAUUUAUCAUCAGAGAAUGAGAAAUCUCAGUUGGAUCGUUCAGAAGUAAGGGGAACCUUGGUAAAGCAGGUUUGUUGUUUAAAUAACAUAAAUGCUGUGGCAAAUAAAGGUGAAAUUAUUGGAAUAGUAGGAAGAUCUGGAUCUGGAAAGACUUCACUACUAUUUUUAAUAGCAAAAUCUUUGGAUUAUAAAGGAAUAAUAAACCAUUCGAUUUCCCCAAAUAAUAUUUCAUUAAAUAAUAAUCAUAUUAUAAACUGUAAACUAUGCAGAAGCAAUGUAGACGAACAGAUAAUGGAGAUAUUUUUAGAAGAUUAUUAUAUGAUGAGACACGUAGCAAUGCUUCCAGUUGAAGUAUUUUUCAAUGAAAACACAACAAUUAGACAAUCAGUUGACCCAUUUGAUAAUUAUUCAACUGAUAAUAUAAUUUCAGCAUUGAAUAUAUGUGGUGUAUCUAAUUAUUUAAUAGAGAGGGAAACAAUGAAUAAUUUAGACCAUAGUAUAAAUUGCAAAAAUUCUUGUGAAGGAGACAAAAUAUGUAAUGAAAGUGCACUUCUUUUAAUGGGGAAUGAUAAAUUCACUAUAAUUAAUAAGUAUUUGAAUAAGAAUAUAGGAGAAUUAUCAUUGCCAAUGCAAAUACAGAGAUUGUUAUUGUUUACGCAUUAUUUCCUUAGGAGAAACGAAAUAAGUAUUUUACUUAUAGAUGAACCACCAGUAAUUUACUGCAGUGAUAAUAUGAAUUUGAAUUUUAUUUCAAACAAGAAAUCAACUUUGAUUACAAAUAUUAUUUUCAAAUAUUUUAGUCAUUCAACUACGUUUAUAGUCGCUCAUGACAUCAGAAAUUUGAAUGGAAUUAAAAAGUUCUGGUAUUUACAUCAAGGAACUCUAACGAUAAAAAAGUUAUAA